AUGGAGAAAAUUCUUAGAUCAUUAGAUCCAAAGUUCGAACAUAUUGUCACCAUUACCGAAGAAACCAAGGACUUGGAGGCUAUGUCAAUAGAGAAACUUCUUGCUUCAUUGCAAGCUUAUGAAGAAAAGAAAAAGAAGGAAGAGAUCGUGGAACAAGUCCUCAAGUUUGGACAUUAUGCUUCUGAAUGUAGAGCCCCUAACAAAAAUAAAGUCGAAGAGAAAGCCAAUUAUGCUGAAGAAAGGUGUCAAAAAGAUGGUACCUUGCUAUUGGCUUACAAGGGCCAAGAUAAAGGCGAGGAUAAUCAGUGGUACCUUGAUAGUGGAGCAAGUAACCAUAUGUGUGGGAAAAUGAGCAUGUUCGUAGAGCUUGACAAAUCAAUAGAGGGAAACGUGGCUUUUGGAGAUGAAUCAAAGGUGGCAGUGAAAGGAAAAGGUAAUGUCCUCAUCCGACUAAAGAAUGGAGAACAUCAAUUUACUUCCAACGUAUAUUAUGUGCCAAGCAUGAAGAGCAACAUCUUGAGCUUAGGACAACUCUUAGAGAAAGGUUAUGAUAUUCAACUUAAGAAUAAUAACCUUUCUAUAAGAGAUAAUACAAGUAGAUUCAUUGCAAAGGUGCCAAUGACAAGAAAUAGAAUGUUCGUGCUCAACAUUCAAAGUGAUGGCCCACAAUGUCUCAAGAUGUGCUAA